AUGCCUCUCGCCUACGACACGACGCCCCCCCGCCAGCCAACCGGAGCGCCAGGCGGCUCCAAGGCACGGCGGCCUUUCUCUGCGGCUUGCACUGGUGCCGCCAUGGCCUCGCUAGUCCAUGGCACCUUGAUACACGCCCUGGCGGAAUACCCGAUUCGUCUACCCGGAACCGCGCCUCUGAACCAAGUCCACUCCUACAAGUCGGUACCCAUGGAUCCCACGCAGUACGGCCAGAGCCAGCACGCUCAGCCGCAAACAGCUGCGCGACACCACGAGCGCUUUUCGUGGCAGCAGCCCUUGGACGACGAGACGCCAGCCUAUGAAGAGAGGCACGAGCAGGCUCCGCCGCAUCAGCAGCAGAACUACCAUCAGCAUCAACCUCAGCAACAGCAGCCUCAGCAGCCUCAGCAGCCUCAGCACCCCCAGCAACAUGUCGACAGGGAUGCUUCACGACACUUCUCAUAUGCCCAGACGCCAGCCGAGAUGCGUGCCUUUGUCUACACAUCAUCGCCAAACGACCCUCCAAUGCCGCACUCCAUGCCCAUCUCGCUCCCGACGUCACCAGUGGGGUACACACCAAUCGACCCGCGCCCCCAAUCUAUACUCGAUGCACAGCUGCCGGUCAUGCCGCCCCAAUCCCAUACAGCUUACGCACAGCCUUCUUACACACAGGAGGCUCAACCUCCCGUCUCACCCGUCUCUCCUCAGCAUUCUUCGCAUGCGCAAUAUCAACCCCACUCUCCUGUGUCGCCGAUACCACACCCGCAGCCUGUUCAACAAAUUCCCCAGGUGAAUACACAGCAAAGCCGACAUGCUCGGCAAAGGAGCAACCUGUCGCCCAUCAAUACCAACGUAAGAACACAUACAAUGCCCACCAUUCCGCCCACUCCACCAUCAGGCACCCACCAGACGUCGCCGCUACCGCAAAAGGCACCCAUCACUCCCAUAUCACCCAACUCGAUGCACAAGGAUCGCCCACGAGACAAUCCAACUUCUGCUACCAGUCAAACAUCAUAUGCGCACGAACCAUAUUCGCCGCAUGGCUUCGCGACAAGCCAAACUAAUAACUUCCAUGCCAUCUUCUCUCCAGACGCCGCCCACUGGCCCAACGGCCUGGACUUUGCCACACACCAACCAGGCCAAAUCUCGCAUCCAAACAUGGAGUCUCAGACCUCACAUGAGUGGCAAAACGGCCUUUGCUCAUGCAGUCCUGAGCCCUCGACAUGCCUCACAGGCCUCUUCUGCCCGUGCAUUCUCUACGGUCGCACUGCGUACCGCCUCUCGCAGAAAUCAGCAAAGAAUGACCCCACAGACAUGCUCGGCCACAGCUCUACAAACAACCACUGCAUGGUCAUGAGCUUGUCUUGCGGACUGUGGUGGCUCUUCCCCACGCUUCAUCGGGCCCGCAUCCGACGUGCAUACAAGAUCACGGGCAGCUGUGGCGACGACGUACUCAAGGGAUGUUGUUGCUGCUGCUGUGUGGCUGUGCAAAACGAGAGGGAAGUCAAGGGCAGAGAAGAAGCUAAUAGGCGAUGGGCCGGCCCAGCAAGUACGGAAGUUUACACGAGCAGUGGCGGCAUGGUGUACAAACCACAGCAAUGAGCUAUAUCCCAUCAUGAUAGAUUGUACAAAGGUUUGAAGCACGUUCAUUCAUUCAUUCACUAAGAUACCCACGGUCCUUUGUAGUUUGUACCAUAGGCGCAUAUUCCGGCAGCGGACACAAAUUUCG